ACCAAACAAACUCUGCUAUCGCUGCAUUCCGGCUGCCAAGGAACUGGGUUCCUUGACGCUAUCCUUGUAAAGUGUUUAUUUGCCUCAAAACAUUUCUUAAGUGCAGUCAGUAGUACUUGGGUAAAUCUGAAAGUGCAUUUAUGACGACUAACUAAGGACAUACUAUGUCCUACGUCUAUGUCAAUUACUCGGCUAAGUAUAAAACUAUUGACUUGUUGCGUGCUGAUUUUUAUCUUACCAAUAUUCUUGUAUAAUUUAAAGAAAAAAAAACAACAACAGAAAAUAAUUGGCCUUUCCUCCCACAACCUUUGAAGAAGACUACCAACAAUAACAAUCACCUUGACAAUAAAACAAUUAACUGUUAUAUUCUGUUAUAACAUUUUAUUUUGAAAAAAAAAAAAAAACAAACUAACUAAAAAAUCAAUAGGCAUCAUGGGUCGUAAAAUUACUGUGGCCGUCUCAACCCUCAACCAAUGGGCCUUGGACUUUGAAGGCAAUCUCGCGCGCAUCCUACAAUCAAUAAUGGAAGCCAAAGAUAUGGGUGCUUCAUAUCGCACGGGUCCCGAAUUGGAAGUGUGUGGUUACAGCUGUGAAGAUCACUUUCGGGAACCCGACACAUACCUCCACUCGUGGGAAGUUUUAUUGGAAAUUAUGAUGUCACCCAUAUGUGAAAACAUGUUAAUCGAUGUUGGCAUGCCUGUAAUGCAUCGCAAUGUGGCCUACAAUUGUCGCGUGGCCUUCUUUAAUCGUAAGAUUUUAUUAAUACGACCCAAAAUGUCAAAUUGUGAUGAUGGCAAUUAUCGCGAGACAAGAUGGUUUACACCAUGGACCAAGUCCCUGCAAAUUGAAGACUUUUAUUUGCCACGUAUGAUUUCACAACACACGGGCCAAGAUACAGUGCCAUUUGGCGAUGCUGUCAUUGCCACAAAAGAUACAUGCAUUGGCUAUGAAAUCUGUGAGGAAUUGUGGAAUGUCAAGAGCAAACACAUUGACAUGUCCCUGUCCGGUGUUGAAAUUAUAGUUAACAGUUCCGGUAGCUAUAUGGAAUUGCGCAAAGCCCACAUUACCACCGAUUUAAUACGUAAUGCCAGUUUUAAGGCUGGCGGUGCCUAUCUCUUUAGUAAUUUACGUGGUUGCGACGGCCAGCGUGUCUAUUUCAAUGGUUGCUCUGCCAUAGCCUUGAACGGUGAAAUUGUGGCGCGAGGCAAACAAUUUUCGCUGCAAGAUGUCGAAGUGACAUUGGCCACCAUCGAUUUGGAGGAGAUACGUGCCUAUCGUGUGUCACAACGUUCCCGUUGUUCAAUGGCUGCCUCGGCGCCAACAUAUCCACGUAUCAAUUGUGAUUUCGAAAUGUCCACCCAUUGUGAUAUCUUUAAAACUGCCAGUACGCCGAUACAAUGGAUCUAUCAGACGCCCGAAGAAGAAAUUGCCAUGGGUCCGGCUUGUUGGCUGUGGGACUAUUUGAGACGUUCCGGACAGGGUGGUUUCUUUUUGCCUCUGUCCGGUGGUGUUGACUCGAGCAGUUCUGCAACCAUUGUGCAUUCAAUGUGUCGCAUGAUUGUGCAAGCCGUUCAGCAGGGCGAUGCCCAAGUGUUGCAUGACAUACGUAAAAUAUUGGCCGAUCACGAAUAUACACCCGAUAACCCAGCUGCCUUGUGUAAUCGCCUGUUGGUAACCUGUUUCAUGGGCAGUGUUAACUCCAGCAAAGAAACACGUCGUCGUGCCUCUCAGCUGGCCAAUCAAUUGGGUAGCUAUCACAUUGAGAUAAGCAUUGAUACGGCCGUGAAUGCCCUGUUGGGUAUUUUCAAUGCUGUAACGGGAUUGACGCCACGCUUCCGUACUCAAGGUGGCUGUGCCCGCCAGAAUUUGGCCUUACAAAAUAUACAAUCACGCAUUCGCAUGGUAUUGGCGUAUAUUUUUGCCCAGCUUAUGUUGUGGGUGCGUAAUCGUCCCGGUGGUUUAUUGGUAUUGGGCUCGGCCAAUGUCGACGAGUCGCUGAGAGGUUAUUUGACGAAAUACGACUGCUCGUCGGCUGAUGUUAAUCCUAUUGGUGGUAUUUCGAAAACGGAUUUGAGACGAUUUUUAAUCUAUGCCAAAGACAAAUUCAAUUUACCUGUGCUUGAGUCAAUUAUUGAUGCACCACCCACUGCCGAAUUGGAGCCAUUGCAAGAUGGCCAACUUAUGCAAACGGAUGAACAAGAUAUGGGUAUGACCUAUGCCGAAUUGAGUGAAUAUGGCCGUCUGCGAAAGCAAGCCUGCUGUGGACCAUACAGUAUGUUCUGUCGUCUCGUUGCCACAUGGAAAGGUGAUUUAAGUCCCAAAGAGGUGGCUGAUAAAGUUAAACAUUUCUUUAGAUGCUAUGCCAUUAAUCGUCACAAAAUGACGGUUUUAACACCCUCAGUGCAUGCCGAAAGUUAUAGUCCCGACGACAAUCGUUUCGAUCAUCGUCCAUUUUUGUAUCGUGCCAAUUGGAGUUGGCAAUUCAAGGCCAUCGAUGAUGAAGUCGAUAAACUACAACCAAUUUAUACACCAUCGACCUCGUCUCAUGUGCGACCGAGUACUGAUGAUCUAUUAUCCUCGCAUGAAUCAACGCAUCGCUCAUCCCAGCCGCAUCACAGUGAUUCGAAACAUUCUUCACCACUCUCGUCAUCAUCGAUAGAUGUGGCAGCUGGUGCCACCACCGCCACACCAUUGGGCACAGCCCCCAGUGGUAGCCUUGGUACUUUGGGCAAAAAAUCCAGUGGCUAUGCCAAGGUGCAUGUUAAUGUUUUGGGUAAAAUCAAGGAUCGCACUGGCAUACCCGUUUAAUAGAGGGCCAAUUUCCGAUCUGCAAUAAGAAACCAGAGAAGAGUUGGGUUCAAAAUCCUACAACUUUGUUAACAUUUUAUUGAAACACAAAAAAAAAACUAUUUGACCAAUUAACAAUUACAAUGGAAUUAUAAAAAGUAAAAAAUUAAAAAAAACGAAGAAAAACUCGCUUUAACAAAAUGAAUCCUAAUUUAGCUGAUACGUCAAACGCAAAAAUAUCUAUUUUUAAGAUACAAUUCAAUUUCAUUUUGGAAUAUGUUUUCUUAUUAAAAGUUUGUUUUUUGGUAACUUUUUUAAAAAAUAUAUAAGAAUUAUAUGCCUUAAUAAACUAUGCUUUUUGUAAUCUAAA